AUGUCUAGGCUCUUGCCAUUAGUUCUGGGUUGUCUGCAUCUGGUGAUGGGAGGUCCGGCUGUGACGCUGCAGGACUUGGAAGUGGCAGAUGAUACUGUAUCCGUCGGCUCUUAUAUACGGGAAGUGAGGGCAGCCGCGCCUGAUGACUGGCACAAAUCAUACGAGAACGAAGGUGAUGGUGAAAUCGGUUACUCUCGAAAGAAGUCUGGAGGCGGCAAAAAGGGCUACCAACACUUCGACUCCUUCCACAAAAAGGCAGGCGACAACUACGAAUUUGAGAAGCAGGAUUCCUACGGUCUCGAUCAGAAAGAGCAAGAUGGCGCUUACAGCAAUCGCGAUGAGAGGAAAGUUGAGCAAAAAAGACGACGACCUGAAGAUGUUGAAAUAAUUGGUCACGAUGAAGAUAAAGCAGAAAUUGAACAUGAAGACUUAAAAGAGGGCGCUCCUGAUGGCAACGGUGGAAUAGAAGCUCAUGGACAUGACCCCAGGGACUACGUUCUUCCAGAAAAAUACACGUACGGUUCAGAAGAAGAAGACUAA